CAACGGCUGUCCUAUAGACAGCUUUCGGUUUUACAUUGAGAAAUGGGAGACAAAAAGAAAGAUGUGGCCGAGGAUGAUGCUGAGGACGACAGGCUGGAGUUUCUGCUCACGUAUCUCACCAAGUCCUAUAGGAUGAAGCAGGAGAAGUGGAACAAGAUGAUCGGCGUCGAUGAAUACAGGAAAAUGAUACUAAACUUUUUCAACAAACCAACAGAGAAGAUGCUCAUAAUGACCAUCCCGACAACCGGAUUGCUUACACCUAUGACAUCGUUCAACAAUCAAAUCAAACAGAAAUUUACAUAUUUUAUCAGGAAAAAGGAAGAAGCUGUUACCAUGGAGAAUUUCAGAGACGUAUUGGCAUUCGGCGAUAUGGCUGGUAAGCCUGUUGAUGAGCUUGCAGUUCUUAUGGAAGGAGUAUUCGUACCAAUAAUAUCAAAUCCAAAAAAUCAAAGAGGAUGGCCAAAAGUUGUUACCGAAGAUGUUGUGUCGCAUGUCAGGAAUUUCAAAAAUACCGUGGAACAGAUUCGGGGAGCUAUGAAGAGUCAAACCAUCUUGCCAAUGCCACAAGGCAUACAAGACGUAUUUCAAGCCUGCCAGGACUAUCAAGAGGAUGAAGAUAAAAUCAACUACUUUUUAAAAGGAUCGUUGGAAAAUGCUGUCAUGAAAUGGUCAUCUCUAAUCAAUGAUGUCAUCAAGCAGUCGUCUCUUAUAACCUUUGCUGAGGGUGCAAACCCCACCCCAAGAAACGAGAUCGACUUCUGGAACGCGCGAAACAAAAACCUGGAAUCCAUUUACGACCAACUGUGUGACCCAAGAGUUAAAAAGAUGGGCGAGUACCUGGGGCUGACCCACAGCACUUACAGCAGUACCUUCCAAACACUGUUCAAACAGGUUGUAGCAGCAUUGGUGGAGGCUAGGGAUAUCUGUCUCUAUCUGAAAGCAUUGGUGCCGAAUCUGAACAGGUUUGAUGACGCAGAGAUAUUUGAGGCAGAAAAUUUGGUCAAUCCUUUGGUCUACAGUAUUGGACUACUGUGGGCUAAUUCUAAGUACGUAACUGACUUGAAUUUAAAUUUAAAAAAUUCAUUUUUAAAAACAAGAUUUUAUUUAGCGGUUCAUGCCGUACCAAACCAUUUGUUGACCACUUUAUGA